AAGGUGAAGCAGGGAGGACCUGCGAAGCGAACCAGCUUCACCUUCCUGGCUGAUUCAGCAUGGGGGAGAAGUCAGAAAACUGUAGGGUUCCAGAGGACCUGUUCAAUGGUUUGAAAGUUACUGAUCCCCAGGAAGCAGAAUGUGCUAGUCCUUCAGUUUCUAAUCCCAAAGAUCACCAGCCCCAGAGCAAGCUGCUUGAGGAUGUUGAGGCCCAUCCCCAGGAGGACCAGGGAGAAGAGGAGCACUUUCAUGACUGCAGCACCUCAUUUGAGGAGGAACCAGGAGUGGCCAAGGUUGAGAACAAACCUGAUGAUGUGAAUUCCUCUGAACUGGAUGAAGAAUACCUACUAGAACUGGAAAAAGACAUGCCAGAGGAAGAGAAACAGAAAAGAAGAGAAGAGAGCACUAGACUGAAGGAGGAGGGAAAUGAGCAGUUUAAGAAAGGAGAUUACAUAGAAGCUGAAAGUUCUUAUAGCCAAGCCCUUCAGAUGUGCCCAUCCUGCUUCCAGAAAGACAGGUCUAUUCUGUUUUCAAAUAGAGCUGCUGCAAGGAUGAAACAGGACAAGAAAGAGAUGGCCAUCAGUGACUGCAGCAAAGCCAUCCAGCUAAACCCCAGCUACGUCAGGGCCCUGCUGAGGAGAGCAGAGUUGUACGAGAGCACUGACAAGCUUGACGAAGCCCUGGAAGACUAUAAAUCCAUUCUAGAAAAAGACCCAUCAGUGCACCAAGCAAGAGAAGCUUGUAUGAGAUUACCCAAGCAAAUCGAAGAACGAAAUGAAAGACUGAAGGAAGAAAUGUUGGGUAAAUUAAAAGAUCUUGGGAACUUGGUUCUCCGACCUUUCGGACUCUCCACAGAAAAUUUCCAGAUCAAACAGGAUUCCUCUACUGGCUCCUACUCCAUCAAUUUUGUUCAAAAUCCAAAUAACAACAGAUAACAAAGAUAACGGUAGCUUUUAAAGCUGGCUAGUAAAUUGUGUGCUGCUUGCUGUUAGCAAGGGGAAAGGCCCUGCCAGUGUUUAAGUUCUAAAAGCAUCUUAUCUCAAAGACAGGCUAAUCCACUAGAGCCCGAUGCUCCCUUACCUAGUGUUUCAUGAUCCGGGUGAAAUGCACUUCCUGAUGUAAUGAGCCUGAUUUGAUUUCCAUUUUAAGGUGGUGUCUGUGCAGCUGUUGUCCCUGGUUCUGUCCUUUGUUUUGUCCAGGAGGAAGCCUGUUAAGGCUGACCUCCCUGAGACAUACAAACAUAAAGCCCAGACACCAGCUCUCCUGGACCGAGCAAACCUGCCGGUUGGAGACUGCCCAAACAUGACUGAUGGGGGUCCCGCCUGCUGUCCCCUCUCCCGAUCACACACUGCCCAGGCUGCCGGGCAUGGGCUUCUGAUUUCCUCUGUGGUAAUAAACGCUUUCUGUGAUGGUCUGA